ACCCAGCCUUGCCAGGAAGCAGUCGCAGUCCCCGCCGGGGGCGUUAGAUGCGUCGGAGCUGAGAGCUCAGGAGCCCACGGGACCGAUCCGGACCGAGCCCGCCCGCCAGGCCAUGGCGACCUCUGGGCUCCUCGUGACCGGCGCCUCCUUCGCCGCCUUCCGGGGGCUGCACUGGGGGCUGCAGCUGCUGCCCACGCCUGCAUCUGCUGCCCAGGACCGUUGGAAGUGGCGGAACAUCUGUGUCUCCUUGGUGCACAGCCUGUUUACGGGGCCGGGGGCGCUGCUCGGGCUGUUGCUGCACCCUCAGAUGGCGGCGGAUCCGAUUCAUAACCACCCGCCCUGGGCCCUGAUGCUGGUGGCUGUAUCUGUGGGUUAUUUCCUGGCCGAUGGAGCUGACAUGCUAUGGAACCAGACCUUGGGCCAGGCCUGGGAACUUCUUUGUCACCAUUUGGUGGUAGUGAGCUGCCUCAGCACCGCCAUUCUGUCCGGCCACUACGUGGGCUUCUCUGUGGUAUCUCUGCUCCUGGAGCUGAACACCAGCUGCCUGCACCUACGGAAGCUGCUGCUGCUUUCUCACCAGGCCCCAUCCCUGGCCUUCAGUGUGACCAGCUGGGCCACCCUGACUACGCUGGCCCUCUUCCGCCUGGUGCCACUGGGAUGGAUGAGUCUGUGGCUGAUUCGGCAACACCACCAGGUGCCUCUUGCUCUGGUCAUCCUUGGUGGAACUGGACUGGUCACUGUGGGUGCCAUGAGCAUCAUACUGUGUGUUCGCAUUUUAGUUAGUGAUGUCUUGCCGUCUCGGCCCCGCCCACCCACCCCUGGGCACAAAGAAACCAGGGGCACCAGGACAUGUGAUGGUGAGCCUGUCACCAGGGAUGAUUCCACUCUCAGCCUGAAAGAUUAAAGAGAAGCCUCAGGCCCCUCCUCUGCCAGUCCUGGGGGAGGGAGGACCAGGACAAGGAGAUGGUGGUCUUCAAUGCACUGUCCCCCAGGGGUAAGGCCUGGACUGGGUUUUCAGUACCUCAGUUCCUCUUCCAGCUAACUCCUCUGUUCCUAGGAUCUGAGAAGAAAUGCUAAUAUUCAUGGAUGGGUGGGAACCUGGGCUAUUGUUCACUGAACCCCAUUAUCAGAUGACCACACUUUCCAGCAGACUCACUCCAGAGGUACAGCCUGUGUUACCAAUAAAGGGUAGCAGGAGGCAUGAAGCUGGAUGAAACUGCCAGUGGGAACAGAGACACUUUGCUUUAGCAUAGGAACAGAUGAGGAAAUGUGAAGUCCUACUAGGACCAGAGAGAGAUCUACUACGGAAGGGGUGGGAUCAGAGAGAAAAGACCUUGCCUAUGACCAACUUAUGACAAAGGGAGGAGGGCACAACAGGUACUAUGUAUAGCCAGUAGGGAUGGACAUAACGGUGGCCAAGAGACAGAAGAAACUGGACCACAGCAAUUACUGGUGACAUUUCUGGUUCUCAGAGUCACCCUAUUCUCUUUGUACUUCACCCUAGUCCUACUGUGUCCAGCAUCUUUUACUUUUUUGUUCUUUUUAGUGUCUUCUGAUGUUUUCAAAGAAAAUGCAGAUUCUUAGAGGAAUGAGAGCACGGGGCUAGGUCUGUCUUCUCAAGACUAUACUGAAGUCCAAGCCAUAGCAGGAACUCAACCACCCUUUCUGGGUGCCCAGUGUAGGGUCUUGCCAGGCUCAGGCUUUUGUGGAAGAAUGAGGGCAGAGGCAGAAGCAGAUGAGGUAAGACUUCCACUUGGCUGCAGAGGAAUUAAGAAAUAUCUGACUCUCUUCUGGGAUUCAUUUACAAGCUCUCAUUUCUCCCCUGCUGCUUCUACUGCAUUUUUUCUGUUGCACAAGACCCCUCCCUUCCUCAGGCAGAACAUCCAGGUUAUGAAAAGUGUAAGCAGAUUAAGAUUGCUAUUCUACUAAACAAUGGACAGAAAUAGAUAACCCUUAAUCACCCACAGAAAAGAUACAUGAGUAAAAGCAAGAGACAGGAAAAUGAAAGCAAAACGCUGAGCUCAAGAGAGACAAAGGGAAUGAAAGACACAGACAUACACAGAUUGAAGGACAGAUAGAAAGAAAAGGAUUUGUUGCACAGAAGAGACAGAGACCAAGAGAGAUGGAGGGCAAGACAGAAUACUUGGCAGAAAUCUCAAGAAAAUCUGUUAUAGAUGCUGAGAAGAACCAAAAUUAUAGAAUUGGUUAGGUGAUCAUAAAAAAGACAAGCAAAACAGAGGCUGAUAGGAAGGGACCCCAAAGGUGCAGACAGUCUAGACAGUGAAACAGGGAGAGUGAGUGACAAGGAGGAACCACUAGACGCCAGGGAGACAGAGGUAACAGUGGCUGAUAGAUUAGCAGAGUGAGAGGAGAGAGAGGUGGAAAUAGAGACGAGGGGGAUUAGUCAGGGGAGCUGAGAAGCAGAAGAACAGGAGGUGGAGGAGGUAGCCAAUGGAAAGAUUCAUUGACAGAAAAAGCAGGCAAUAUGUUGAGCUGGAGACGAGCAGAAAGACAAAGGACAAACAGCUACAGUGCACAGCACAGAGGCAGGGGUUGACAGGAACUGAGAGGCAGAGACUGGUAGGACCUUGAGAAGUAAGCAUUGGGGAUGUGAAAUGACACAGAAGAAUAAGCAAAGGGACUGAAGGGAAUCACAGAAUAAAGGAGAUGGGGGGAGGACAGGAUGAUGAAAUAAACAGCCAGAGGAAGGAGCAAGGAAACAAAGGGAGGGCAGAGAUGGAGAGAGGAAAAACCAUCACAGAGACAGGUGGAAAAAGAGCGAGAGGGAUUGUGAGAUGUCCCCAUCAGAGAGUCGUUAAAACCAAGGCACAAAGGGGGGAAAAUGACAAAUAGAGACUGAGAAGAAACUGCGCCAGUUGGAAGUAAACACAGGCAGAAAAGAAGAGCAGAGGGUUUAAAUGUAAUCAGACUGAAACCGGAGAUGCAAAGGUGUGGAAGUUGAGAUGGAGAAACAAAGCAGAAUUCUAUCAGAGAGUUUGUCCUUACCAGAAGUAGUAUCUUCAAAUCUCAAUUUGCUAUUUGAACCAAAUGCCUUAACAAAAACAUUGUCUUGAGCCUUCAAAGAAAAAGAAAUGUGACAAAACCAUGGGAGGAAUCUGUUCCCUGGCUAUGUGUUGAUGUCAAUAUUGAUUCAUUCCAAGCCCUACCCCUUUUCUUUUGCCACCGCUAUGAAUUCACGAUCCAAGUGAGUUACUCUCUUGGGAAAACUUGGUAGUAUCUAUGAAGGGUGCUCAAGAACUUGACCAUUAGGGAAAUAUGGCUAUUUCCGUGGGUUAACUAGUAAAACCCAUAUGGGAAGGGGGGGUGGGGAGGACACAAGUGGACACUUGAAGAAUUUGGGAUCACAUAUGAAUUUCCAUCAUGGUGAUCCAGUGAAACUUUAGGAAGGCAGGACUGGAUUGUGAUUAUAAUUGAGUAAGUGGACAUCUCAUCAACUGGACCAGUUACAGGUGAAAUGAUGGAAAUUGAAGAAGCAGAGUCAGCUGAGAACCUAGAAAAGAGAAGCUCAAAAAUGCAGAGGUUGGCAGAUGCUGUAUUUGGUACAGUGAGUUGGGUCGCCAUGGCAGUGCUCUGUCAGACCUCACCAUGGCCCAGUGAAGUGGUCCUCAAGACUGACUCCAUGC